AAUUUUUCUUUUGAUCCACAGACGAUUGCACGAACAUGGCGACAGAGCCACCAACACCCAAGCCUUCAAGCAAUGGCCCUGAUGUUAUGACAACUACAAAUACGUCUGGGAAUUCAACUGCUGGAAUCCUCCCUCUUCCAACUGAGAAGCCCACUAUCAAAAUAAAAGAUACUUCUCAUAAUCAAAAGCAAACAGUUAAAAUAAUUGUUGCAGUGGUGGUGCCAGUCGUAAUAUUAUUGGUAAUAAUUGCAGUUGUCAAAUAUUGCAAGAAGAAGAAGGCACAAAACGUCAUUGCGAAUGAAGAGUUUCCACUUCAACGUCGCAGUUCAGAGAAAUUUGUGCAGCAAAACGCCAGUGGCAUUGACAAUGAUCCUGAAGAUCCUGUUAUUAGAGGACAAGACAAUUUGGAUGAUGAGGCUGUAGAAGAGUAUGUAGACAGUGAAUUUGGCGAGAUAAGGAUGGAACUUGAGUGAUGUCUAAAAGACAAAAAUGGGCUUCUCAGUUGGAAGAGGGAGGAUUCCAGCAGUUGAAUUCCCAGCUGCAAUAUUGCAAGAUGAUAUAUAAAAGUUUAAUAAUUAUAUGCAUAAUCACAAAAAUAUAUUCUAUAAGAUAUAAGUAUAUAUAGAAAUAAGUAUAAAUAAAGAUGUAUAGAAUGUACAGUAGAUGUGGCCCCCAAUAUCUUAUAACUUGCAUUUGGGGCCACAAGAUCUAGAAAUGAAAUAGCUUUUUGAGUGAUUUUGGCAUGCUGUAUACAGCAAUAUGCUGUAUGCUGUAUUUAUCGUUUAUCAAACUCAUUAAUAAUUCAUGAGGAAAACGCAACAGAAAUUACGACCGCAAAGAGUGUUGUAAAUCAGAUAGAAAAUCGUGUUCAUUUGCAUAAACUUUAACUUGGAUUUUCUUGGGCAGAUUCACUUUAAUUUUGAAAAUUUUAGUGAAACACAAAGGAACUAACCUAGACG